AUGUCCCGAGACAACACCCCUAGUGCACCUUCUACUCUCCCUGGCCCAGCUACUACUAGACUGGACUCUUUGAUGAAUUCUGAUUCUCCAGAGCCGACUUGGCCUCCCACCUGGGGUAAAAUCUGCAGAGCUUUAUUUCCAAAUGCACCUCUUGCCAACCGAGUCGUCUACCCAUCGGCCCGACCAUACACAGGCUCCUUGGAUUCCCCAUCUACUUCGGAUACUAGUUCAAGUUGCUCAGUUUCUCCCGAUGCUUGUCAAGCUUUACCGUCGUUGAUGAGCCAGAUGAACGUUACAAAUAUCACUGUUCGAGUUUUCUAUCGCCCAGGAGAGCUUCCUGCAGAGAACUCUUUCACUCCGUCUACUAUUGCCCAGGAAUCCCCAAAAUCGGUUACCAAAUAUGGUACCGAUAACACUUUUGCUACGGCUGCAGAAAACAUAUCGGAGGCAUCUGGUCUCAGCCUCAAUGGUUUGCGAUCUGCCAAAAGCUUCAAAGACGUUAUCAGAUGUCUUCUUCGGGCCAUUCAGGAUGAAUGUGCCAAAUUUUCUGGUGGCGAGAGCGAUGAUGAGUUUGACAGACAAUCUGCAGCUUUAGCGGCUCGGAAGAAAAAGUCAACUGCUGCGACCUCCGACCCAUUCAAACUUAACUCAAGGGCAUUCAUGUCUUACGAUAUGAUUUCAAAGCCCGGCAAGGAGCUUACGCUUCACGAUAGCCUGGAAUCCUUGGUCUGGAUCUUUCUGUAUAUCGUGCUACGAUACUCGAAGCACAACGCAAUCAGGGAUGCCGUCAGGCCUAUGAGAGAGCAAAUGUCGUGCACGCCGGUCAAGAAUAAACCCAAUCUUAACGCAUUGCUGACGCUGCUAUUUUGCCAAAACACACUGGCCGAAGAGGAAUACGGAAUCGGAUUCGCAAAAUUGGCCCUAUUCCUGACUUCUCGUCCUCUACCUCCCAAUUUCGAGGUAUUCGACAACCCAGCUAUCACAUCGGCCGUUUUCUCUCUCAUUGAGCUGUUCGAAGAGAAAUACAGAUAUUUAGAGCGCACUCUUCCCAAAAAGGUUCGCGCCUUGGCGCAGGUUGAAGAGAUCAGUUACGAGGAGGCCGAAAUCGAAUACAUGGCCACAACCUCAUAUAAGCGACAUAUGGAGGUCAUCGACAUGCUGCCCGAACGGAUGGAGAAUAUCCUGCUGGACUGUAUGCGUGAUGAGGAUUGGCCUGAGCAAGACAUCCUGGUGGACGGAUUGGCGGGACAGUGA